GUCCCCUAGCCUGGCCUUUUGUGGUGAUAAUUGAAUUGUCCAAACCACUACUCUUUUCCCGUGCAGACUUGACAUCUUCCCAUAUCCGCACAGACAAAUCUCACACAAUGUCUACCGCCGAGCUCGCAUCUUCCUACGCGGCCCUGAUCCUUGCCGACGAUGGCAUUGAGAUCACCGCCGACAAGCUCCAGACCCUGAUCGCCGCCGCCAAGGUCGAGGUUGAGCCCAUCUGGACAUCAAUCUUCGCCAAGGCUCUUGAGGGCAAGGACAUCAAGGACCUCCUGGUCAACGUCGGCUCCGGUGGUGGUGCCGCCGCUGCCCCCGGCGCUGCCGCCGCUGCUGGCGGUGCCGUCGCUGACGCCCCUGCUGAGGAGGCUAAGGAGGAGGAGAAGGAGGAGUCCGACGAGGACAUGGGUUUCGGUCUCUUCGACUAAACGGCCAGCUCCACCUGUUGCGGCGACUGUUUUUUCUCUUGCUUCUUUGUACUUCAACUGCAUGGCACUUCGGGGUCUUUAUACACAUCGAUGGAUGCAUACAGGAUGGAG